CUCUUCGUUCUUUCCCCCUCUGCUCGCUGCGUCUCUCUUCCCCCCAUUAUAAACCCACCAUCCUCCCUCUCCCCCCACCUCGCCUCCUCUCUCUCCUCUUCUCUUCUCUGUUGUUCUUUAAUUUAUUCUCGUAAUAUAAUCGUCGUCCUCGACGCACGAUUUCUCCUACCCCCCGAUCCGCCUAUAAAUAGGCCUCAUGACUGUGAUAGCUGGGGCCCUCACCCGAUCGUCGUACUCUCGCCUUUCCUUCUCCCUCUCCGCCGCCGCCGCCAAGUCCUCUUCCCACCUAACCUCGCCUCCUCCGUCAUCUCCUCCCUCCCCCUCAAACCCUAACCUAAGAUCUCAUUCUCCUCCACCGUCUUCUCCGCCGUCGCCCGUCUCGUCGUUCGCUCGGCACUUCGGGGACUGGCGGUCGCCGCUCAGCCACCGGGCCCAGAUCCGCUCAUCCGCCGCCGUUGCCGAGCGCUUCGAGCGCCGCUUCGCCACCAUGGCUACCCCGGAACUCGUAUGAGAGCAUCUUGACCUCCCUCUCCAAGCCUGGAGGAGGCGAGUUUGGGAAGUACUACAGCUUGCCGGCGCUGAAUGAUCCUCGGAUCGAUCGGCUUCCGUAUUCUAUAAGGAUUCUUUUGGAAUCGGCGAUCCGGAACUGUGACGAGUUCCAGGUGACAGGGAAGGAUGUGGAGAAGAUCUUGGACUGGGAGAGCAGUGCCGCAAAGCAAGUUGAGAUUCCCUUCAAGCCUGCUCGUGUCCUGCUUCAGGACUUCACUGGUGUUCCAGCUGUUGUUGAUCUUGCAUGUAUGCGGGAUGCUAUGAAUAAACUAGGCAGUGAUUCAAAUAAGAUCAACCCAUUGGUUCCUGUCGAUCUUGUCAUCGAUCACUCAGUGCAGGUUGAUGUGGCAAGAUCAGAAAAUGCAGUUCAGGCUAAUAUGGAACUUGAAUUUCAACGCAAUAAGGAAAGAUUUGGAUUUUUGAAGUGGGGAUCCAAUGCAUUUCAUAACAUGCUUGUUGUUCCACCUGGAUCUGGUAUUGUCCACCAGGUCAACUUGGAAUACCUUGCCCGUGUUGUGUUUAACAAUGGGGGGAUUCUAUAUCCUGACAGUGUGGUAGGCACUGACUCGCACACGACUAUGAUCGAUGGAUUAGGCGUUGCUGGCUGGGGAGUUGGUGGAAUAGAAGCAGAAGCUGCAAUGCUUGGUCAGCCAAUGAGUAUGGUGCUGCCUGGAGUUGUUGGGUUCAAAUUAUCUGGAAAAUUGAAUAACGGUGUGACAGCCACCGACUUGGUUUUGACAGUAACACAAAUGCUUCGGAAGCAUGGUGUUGUUGGAAAGUUUGUGGAGUUCUAUGGGGAAGGCAUGAGUAAGCUAUCUCUGGCAGACCGUGCCACUAUUGCAAAUAUGUCUCCUGAAUAUGGAGCAACAAUGGGUUUCUUCCCAGUAGAUCAUGUCACACUGCAAUACUUGAAACUGACUGGCAGAAGCGAUGACACUGUGGCGAUGAUCGAGUCCUAUUUGCGGGCUAAUAAGAUGUUUGUUGACUAUAGCCAGCCCCAAACAGAAAGAGUGUACUCAUCUUAUCUAGAGUUGAAUUUGGAAGACGUGGAACCAUGUGUAUCAGGGCCUAAGAGACCUCAUGAUCGAGUUCCCUUGAAGGAAAUGAAAGCAGAUUGGCAUUCAUGCUUAGAUAACAAAGUAGGAUUCAAGGGCUUUGCUGUGCCAAAAGAAACCCAAAAUAAAGUUGCAGAGUUUUCUUUCCAUGGGCUGCCAGCUCAGAUAAAGCAUGGUGAUGUUGUCAUAGCAGCUAUCACCAGUUGCACAAACACAUCAAAUCCUAGUGUAAUGCUUGGAGCUGCGUUGGUUGCAAAGAAGGCUUGUGAACAGGGACUUGAGGUAAAGCCAUGGAUCAAGACAAGUCUCGCUCCAGGUUCUGGAGUUGUGACCAGAUACUUGGAAAGGAGUGGUUUGCAGAAGUAUUUAAAUCAGCUCGGUUUCAAUAUUGUUGGGUAUGGAUGCACAACCUGCAUUGGGAAUUCUGGUGACCUUGAUGAAACAGUAUCAGCUGCUAUCUCUGAGAAUGACAUCGUUGCUGCAGCUGUGUUAUCUGGGAAUAGAAACUUUGAGGGACGUGUACAUCCUUUAACUAGAGCAAAUUAUCUUGCUUCCCCUCCUUUGGUGGUAGCUUAUGCUCUUGCUGGGACGGUUGAUAUUGAUUUUGAAACAGAACCUAUAGGUACCUCGAAAGAUGGAAAGAAGGUUUACUUCCAGGAUAUUUGGCCAUCCAAUGAAGAGAUAGCAAAUGUUGUGCAAUCCAGUGUGCUUCCAGACAUGUUUAAGGGUACAUAUGAAGCAAUUACCAAAGGAAAUCCCAUGUGGAAUCAGCUAUCAGUGCCAUCCAGCACACUCUACACAUGGGACCCUUCGUCAACAUACAUUCACGAGCCUCCUUAUUUCAAGGACAUGACCAUGUCUCCUCCUGGUCCGCAUCCUGUGAAGGAUGCAUAUUGCUUGCUAAACUUUGGAGAUAGUAUCACAACGGACCACAUUUCACCAGCUGGGAGCAUUCACAAAGAUAGCCCUGCUGCCAAGUUUUUGAUGGAUCGAGGUGUUGAAAGGAAAGACUUCAACUCGUAUGGUAGCCGCCGUGGUAAUGAUGAGGUGAUGGCAAGGGGAACAUUUGCCAAUAUUCGUAUUGUGAACAAGUUUUUGAAGGGAGAAGUAGGGCCUAAAACAAUUCACAUUCCUACAGGGGAGAAACUGUCUGUAUUUGAUGCUGCUGUGAGGUACAAAAGUGAGGGGCAUGACACAGUCAUUUUGGCUGGUGCGGAAUAUGGAAGUGGAAGUUCUCGUGAUUGGGCUGCAAAGGGGCCAAUGCUGCUGGGUGUGAAAGCAGUGAUCGCCAAGAGCUUCGAGAGAAUCCACCGUAGCAACCUUGUGGGCAUGGGAAUAAUUCCACUAUGUUUUAAGCCUGGUGAAGAUGCAGAGACCCUUGGCUUAACAGGCCAUGAACGUUACACCAUUAACCUGCCAAGCAGUGUGAGUGACAUCAAACCUGGUCAAGAUGUCACAGUUGUGACAGACAAUGGCAAGUCAUUUACAUGUAUUGUCCGCUUUGAUACUGAGGUUGAACUGGCAUAUUACAAUCAUGGUGGAAUUCUGCCGUUUGUCAUUAGAAAUCUGAUCAAUGCGAAGCAUUAGAUCAAAUGGUGUCCGGACAUGAAGGUAAAAUGAGGGGAUAUGAUCUUGUAUAACAGUGUUGUUAUUCGUUCAAGGUGUUUCAGUUUUGUGCCUUGUGGCAUACAGUUUAUGUUCUGUAGUCUUGGGUUUUUUAUUCAAACCUGCCCAAGAAAUAAAUAGCAUGAACGGGAGGAAAAGGACAUGUGAGGUGGCCAAGUGUGUUAUUGAGAUAGAUGUUUCAUAUAUUCGCAGCACGAGAUGCAUACGUUGUGUGCUUCAUGAGAUUCAUGUUCAUUAUUCACAGUUAAAAUGCAGACCAUCUUGAUUUGUCAUA